UUCCGGUUCAACGCAAAUCCGCCGCGAUAUGGGUCAAACGAGUUCUUCGGCUCGCCGUCAACAACAUUCACCGAUGAACGAAGAACCAGAAGCAUCAUCUAGGAGGCUGCGCCUCACCUGGGCUGUGUAAACGCGACUUCGAAAGCAUGCGGACCGGUCAAGCGCUGCCAUUGGCUGGCCGUCGUCACGUGCUCGCUCGCUCCGACAGCCACUUGUUUCUUGGGUUUUUUGUUGCGGCUCUUGUUCGGUUUCCAUAGCGAAUACGACGCCACAGUAAACAAACGGUACGUCAAAAUCGCGUCGCGGUGCUUUUAAGUGAGUGCGGGUGACAAUUUGUUUACCAAUACCAGCAAGUGUUGCAGUGUUGUCUUUUUUGGAAGAAAUCCGGUUGUGUCGAGAAAAUUUGCAGUGCUCGGUAGUGUUUGUGUCAUGUGAUUAUUUUCGUUCGAAAACUGGUGUAGUUUUUUUGUUUACAUUUCCUCUGCGUUAAGUGCAUGUCUGCGAGACAUGGAAGACAUCGCUUUUAGCGACUGGCCUGGGCAGCCCGCAGAUUUGAACACCGGAAGCAACCCCUGGCUUCCGGCGUACGGGUUUCAGACCCCCUCUGCCCUUCUAGAAAAAGAAGACUUCAUAGGAAAUCCAGAAGAACCAGACGGCGAUUUGGGCGAGUUGGCUUGUCCAGCUAAGAGAAGAAAACAGGACACGAUCACGUUGCUGUCAGUGGUGAGUUUUGACGGGGAAGAGUCCUUGAGCAGGUCCAGUAGCUUGCUACAGUUCGAAACCUUGGAACAGCAGUGUCUUGAGCCGGCUACCAGCACCCCCAGCAUCUUCAGUUUUGACCCAUUCGAGUCUAGAAAGAGCAACGUCAGUCCUGAUAGUUUGGACACGGACUGGGAGAAGGAAAACGAUUACUACAAAAGCCUUAACAUCGAUGUUCCUCGAAGGAAGGAUAAAAACUCCAGUAGGGACAGUUUAUUAUACAACAACAGCGAGGGUAGCGAUACCAGCGAAGGCACAUUGGAACCAUCGAGGUCCUUUGACAACCUCAAGACAUGGAAAUCCUUCGACAGCUUGCCCAUUGGUAACACCAACAAGGCCUUGAUUAAGGAGAAAUUAUCCACGGAAAACUUGAGUGAAGAUAGCGGAUACAGCGACCAUUUGAUCAACAACAAGUCUAGCAGUGGCGGUAACUUAGCGAAGCAGUUGGAAAGUGCUAUGAAACCCAUUGACAGUUCGGUGAACAGUCAUUUCAGGAAGAAGAGGAGUUGUGAUGGUUUUGGUGCUUACGAUGGAGAGGUGUUUCAUCACAUUAGCGCAGCAAAACGUCGCCUUGAAGAGACUGGACCUUCAACGUCAUCAACUGUACCUCGUAAAAAAGGGAAUGAUGUGUUUGAUUUUAAAAUAUUGUGCUUAUUUUGUGGUGAAGUCGCUGAUGAGGCAACAAAGGCAAAAAAAUCUGCAAACUACCAGGACCUGAGCGCGUUCGAAAAAUACGAACCUUGCGACGAGUACCGCAGUCCUCUCAUCACACGAUUCAUAAAGAACAAGAUGCACAGGCGACAAACCGUCCUCGCGACACCGAAAACCCUAAAUAUAGAUCAAGACCGCGCUAAGUUUAGACCGGCGUCCGCUAGUGAACCCAACUUGAAUCAGGCAGUGUCGGAAAAUCUAGUGGAUUGCGCCAGUGUCCCGAGAGAUUUGAAUUUGGUCGGCGAGUCUAGUGGAGGGUCGGUUGCUGCGAAAAACUGGGAUCUAACAGAUUUAAGUGUCGGUGAUGAGACAGUACUAGUAAAGUGCGACGACGAUAUGGCGAAAGUUAAAAGAGAAGGUAGCUACGACAUGGCAAUGACCAACAGAGUUGAUUUGACAGACGAUGAAGAUAGUUUUUGCUAUACCAGGAAGCUACCGAAGACCGCCAUAGUGGAGUUUGAUAAAAAAGUCUUGAAGGCAAUAUCGGAGCAAAGUAUUCAGAGCAUCAUGGCUAGUAGUGGCAACUUAACAGAGACGUAUUUAAACGAAAUCUACGACGUUGCUAAAAGCACGCCCAAUUUGGUUAUGAACGAAAACGAACUCAUUGACAGAUACUUGGAGGAGGAGAGAAGAAAAUCGACUCUAGAUGUGCGCAGAAAAAACUCCAUAAUCAAAUCAUCAACCAGCACCAGCGGAAUGUCAGAUCUCGAAGAUAAAACUUUAACCUCUUGUGGUUCGGUGGCUUCCAGGGGUGUCCACUUCAGUCCGGUUGUGUCGGAAGUGAACUGGCGAGAUGACGACAGCGUUUCGACGGCAACGCCAGAGCGCGAAAGUAGCGUCUACAGCUUUGAAAGCACCCCAGAGAGAGAUUUAGUGCAACGGAAAAAAAAACUAUCAACUUUGGCCCAAAGGCUCAGCGUCAGUCAACCGGAACUGUCAGAUACCGAGAACUGUAAGCGAGAUUUCGUGGACUCUUUGAAAAGUUUGAGGCAGGAUUUGAGCAAGAGCAGCCAGCUGAUCAAGAAAGACGAGCACGGCGCCUUGGUGCAGGCCUACGUAGACCGCGACGGCAUCCAGUACAAGCACACCCACCUGGACCUCGGCGUGUUUCAGAACUCCUCCGCCCCCACCGUCGCCGCACCGCACCACCGAAACAGCGAGGGGGGGCCCCAAACGGCCGCGUCGCGAACCACACUCAGUCACGCGAAUGACAUGGAAGCGCAACAUGCGCAACCGAGCAAAGAGAAGAAUGUAUCUUCGCGCGCGAAACUGGGCGGAUUUUUUUCGCGCCUGGCCAGCUUCAGGUUCUCCAACAGGAAGGGGCAGCAGGAGAAGAGCAAGCUGAAGAAGAAGCAGGAUGCGCCGAAACCCCAAGACGACUACAUCUACAUCCCCCUGAAAGGCGCCGCCCCCGAAAACAACAACGGCCCGCUCCUCAAGCAGCAGCAGCAGCAGCACGCCGGCGGCGGCGGCGUCUCUUUCGCCGGCAAGCCGCCGCUGCCCAAGCAGCCGCCCCCUACCAGGCAGGCGCCGCCGCGCGUCGUGCACGCAAGCGUCAAGCGGGACGUCGCGACGCCACCCGACGUCUCUGCGGAGAAGCCGCGCAGAAGAAGAAGAACGACGAUCGAUUGCGUGCCGCCGCCGCCGCCGCGUAUGGAGGAGCAACCCAUGGGGUUGAUCGAGACCGACCUCGACACGGAAGUCACCGUCAUCACUUCCGGCUGCGGCAAUGCGAAGACCCGCAGCCUGCUCGACCUGGGCCUAGGGGCGUCCAAGGGGGCCGCCGCCGAGGGCAAGAGGGGCCUGCGCGCCCCCGAAGAGGCGGCGAGGCCCCACAAGUCCAUGGAGUACAGCUCCAAAAAUCAUUUAACCGUAAAAUGCAUUGAUCAGAAAUAUAUGAAAUUGGGCGAAGGCAGGGUGAUGUCGGAGCACCAGCUUCGCUUUCAGCGCUCCCUGCAAAAGCUCACCGUCCCGGAAUGGUGCAAGCAGUCGCAGCUGCCGCGCGAAGGUUUCCUCCUCAACAAGCACGCGCGACACCGCGAAUCUCGCUGGACCGGAACCGGAAGCCACACCAACUCCCUCACAAACCUGGGCCACCAGCACCAACCCAACCCAGCCGCCCCGCAAAGCCCAGCUUCGCACUUUGUGCGAUGGAGCACUUCAAGGCUUAACUCGACAGCUUCGAGCCCUUGCGCUAGCACGAGAAGCAGCUUCAACUCCCGGCAGCCCAACGGUUCAAUCUCACCGUCGUCCGUGAGGAGCAGCUUCAGCUACAGACAACCCUACAUGGGGUGGAGGUCCCAAGAAAGAAUUGCCCACCCGAAAACCCCUCAUGAGAGGCUGGCGAACAGUUUUAUCGUGCAAACUUCCCAGCAGGAAAGUCCAGAACUCCAAAACUCCAUAAAGGAAGUAACCUCCGCAAUCGUGCACUACAUGAGCCACCUGGAGGGUCAAGAGUUCCACUCUCAGCGUAGCUCUUCUGUUAGCCCGCGGGGGAGUCAGAAAAUGUGCUGGUUGGAGAGCUCUUUCGUGGGGGUCAAACCCGUGGACUCCCCCCAAACGCCGCUCACUUUAUCCGAGUCCCAAUCCACGACGCCGGUUCCGCAAUCUAACCUUCAACUGGACUUGCAGUCUCAAAACGACCUCACUCGAAACAGCGGACGCCUAUCGCCUUCAUCCACAACUUUGGAGGAUGUCUUGGACUCUCUUUUGGGUCUCCCUAGCGCGGGAGGUAGCGGAAGGGCUCCCAGCCCCAGUCUCCAAGGUAGGAGACAUGUAGGCUAUAAAGCCGUUAGGACAUAAUUGUUUUUGAAGAAAAAUGAAUUAAAACCGAAAUAAAAGGAACAGUAUCAGCUAAUACGAGCCCGUGUCGUCUUAGCACCCUCACCGACCACACAGACCAGUUUCGUAGAAGAUCAGAGGGUAGUGAACCAGGAAGUUCCCUGUCUACAGGUGGCGCCACCAACCGGAAGGUGUCCCUAAACACCUCACCAGUGUUGAAGUGCCGUUUCUCCCACUGCGGUAGAACCGCUUUGGCGAAUAGCGAAGAGGCCGCUUUCUUUAAGAGCUGCCACAAUUGUAGUUUCAUGUACUGCUCUAGAACAUGCAGGAGAGCCCAUUGGGAGAAACACAGAAGGAAUUGUUUGUUUUCGCGUAUAGGUUCGCUGUGUCGGCAAGUUAUAGCGGCAUGUAAGGAGCAAAAAGACACGCUACUGCAUCUGUCCACCAUAGCGCGCAGAGGUUAUCUCUCCCACGGUUUGGGAGCUGUGAAGUGCUUCUUCGCCUGCCCAGAAUUGGCGGAGAAGUUUUUAUUCCGAGGUUACCAGAACUUGGGUGAGUUAACGUACGUUAGAUGGCAAGACUUACUACCUUCAGAAAUGGGUGGUAGUCUCUAUGCGGAACUGGUGCAGAUGUGCCGUAACUACAACCCGGACACAAGGCUGGUUUUAUACGUAAGUGUAUGCGCAAUCAGCGAAACUCCCGCAACAGGCGCCGUUAAGUGGGAACGUCAACUAGUAUCGCGUUGCGGAAGGCUGAAACUCAGCAAAAACAUCCCCAUACCGGAGAAAGAGCAGGAAACCCUGGAAACCCUCAUCCUGACAUCGCCAAAAAUUCGGGGAAACCCCGAAACCAUCAGAAUCACCCGCGAUACCUGCGUCAACAACCUACAACUCCAUCUAUUGGAGCGCGGGGUAAACCUAAAACAGCAACAUCCGGACAUUUACCGUCAGCUGAAAGUCUAUUCGGAAGGUGCGGUAAAAUUCAUCCCGGUUAACGUUUAUCCCGUGGAUUUGCUUACGGGAAAAAGUUUCAUGUGCAUCAUAAUGCUGGAAGCCGACUCUGAUAGUUUGAAUAAAAUCAAGACAGCCGGUGUGCAGGUUAAAACAAUUGACGUUCUGAGCACUCCCCUCCCCGGGUGAUUGCAAGGCAAAGUUGGCGCUUUAAAUACACAAAAACCGGUGUGCUGAUAUCCCAAUAAACAUUUUUGUUUUUAUAGUGGUUGCCAUAAAUGUUAUAAUACCCUUAUAUACCCCUUAAAGAGCUUAUUUGAGGGGUUUAUAAAGGUAAUUGUUACUUGUGUUUAAUAACACUAUGAAGUUUUAUAACUGAGAGUAACAGAAAUAUUUUGGAGACCACUAUAUAACUUCUUAAAUAACUGCGUUAAACACCUUAAGUUAUAUAACGUGUGACGUCAUGUACCAAAUAACAAAAUCAAAUAAAUCGUCCUGGAAAGGUUUAAAUCAAACAGAUAACUCCAGUUUGAUAUUUUUUGUGAAGUUGACAUUUUUACAAAAAAACAAGCUAAUGUUGAUAAAAUUACAUAAAACAAUAGCGAAGUUAUGAAUUUUUUAGUUUUUAGUUUUUUUUUAAUAUGUUUAUUAGGGUGGCCAAAAAAAAAAGAAUAUUUUUUUUCUCGUCUCUUGUAAAAAUAUGUUAAUUUAUCAUGCUGUAAGAGCCCUGUCAAAAUAUCAGCUCGAUUAAAAAAACUUUAGGGGUCGCUCAAGAUUUUUAAAAAUUUUCAAAAUUUUUUUUUU